UUAGGUUUUAAAUCAUAUUUGGAUCAAAACCCUCUAAUUUCGUUGAAAUGAUGAGCCUUUCUUCAAUCUCCCGGUUCGUCUCCUCCUCAUUCGGCCUCAAAAACUACAAAUUGUCAAUCCUGCUCUUCUCUACGGCGGCGGCAUCGGCUGAAACAGUGUAUAAUCACCUGCAGAAAAAUGGUGGCAACGUAGAGGAAAUCCUAGCGUCGAUUCAGGUGAAAUUGGACUCCAAAUAUGUAAGUCAGGUUUUACAGAGAUGCAAUGGUAGCCAAUCACAAAUGGGUCUUAGGUUUUUCAUAUGGGCUGGUCUUCAAUCCACUUAUAGGCACAGUUAUUUUAUGUAUAGCAAAGCUUGUGAAUUGUGUGAGAUUAGGAUAAAACCGACUGUGAUUUUCGAUGUUUUGGAGGCUUAUAAAGUUGAAGGGUGCUUUGUCAAUCUUAAGAUGUUUAAGGUUGUUUUUAAUUUGUGUAAAGAAGCUAAGCUUGCUGGUGAAGCUUUGAGGGUAUUAAGGAUAAUGCCGGAAUUUGGUUUGCGUCCAGAUACUACGGUGUAUAAUGUUGUUAUAAGGUUGUUUUGUGAUAUGGAAGAUAUGGAUAUGGCUGAAAUUUUGGUGAAGGAGAUGGGUUUGGUGGAUCUUUGUCCCGAUUUGAUCACGUACAUGGUAUUGAUCAAGGGGUUUUGUAAUGUGGGUCGGUUAGAUGACGCUUGUGGGUUGUUUAAGGUUAUGAAGGAACAUGGUUGUUUGCCCAAUGCUGUGGUGUACUCGGCACUUCUUGAUGGAUUUUGUAGGUGUGAUAAUAUGAAGAAAGCUUUUGAGUUAUUGAAGGAAAUGGAGAAGGAAGGUGGGGAUUGUACUCCUAAUGUAGUAACCUAUACAUCUGUGAUUCAAAAGCUUUGUGACAAGGGAUUGUCGAUGGAUGCCUUGGUUAUUUUGGACCGAAUGGAAGCUUGUGGAUGCGCCCCAAGUCGUGUUACAGUUAGUUCUCUUAUUAAGGGUUUGUGUGUGGAGGAUCGAGUUGAAGAGGUUUAUAAGUUAAUUGAUAGAGUUGUUGCAGGAAGUAGUGUCAGUUAUGGUGAUUGCUAUAGUUCUCUUGUUGUGUCCUUGGCAAAAGGUAGGAAACCUGAGGAGGCAGAAAAGGUCUUUAAGAUGAUGGUUGAUGGCAGGGUCAAACCAAAUAGUUUGGCCUGUAGCAUUAUGUUGAAAAAACUUUGUUUGGAUGGUCGGGUGGUUGACGCUUUGUGCUUGUUUGAUGAACUUAAUAAAAUGGAAUGCUUGUCUUCCAUCGACUCUGAUGUUUAUCCUAUUCUUUUAAUGGGACUUUGUCAGCAAAUGCAUUUAGUGGAUGCUGCAAAGCUGGCAAAAACAAUGCUAAAAAAAGGAAUUAAACUGAAAGCUACUUACGUUGACAAUAUAGCUGAGAUCCUGAAGAAAUCCGGAGAUGAGGAGUUAAUUAAGAAUUUGACUAUAAUUGCAAGGUGAAGUUGAACAAAGGAAAAUCUUCAUUUGUCUUGGAGGUUCCCAUUUAUCUGGUUGUGUUCUCCUACUAAGCUCAAAGUCUCCAACCAAGAAGAAAACAAUUGUUGAGUUGAGCUGGUACUAUUUGCAUAUGAUAUGUCUUGGAAGUGGAAAUGACUAAUGGAUGACUUGGCUCCCAUCAUAUAUCUUAAAUGACCAGAUGUAAAUGGCUGGGCCUUAGAGAAUUGUGGACGUGUUGCAGUGACUUUGUUGGGAUUAUUUCAGUAGCUUACAGAACUAGGCACUUGCAUGGAUAAGUUGGAAACCUUAUAAGAAACGAAAAUAGACGACGAGGAAAGGCGACAAGAGAGGUAGGUAUACCAGAUAAGGGAAGUUCGUGAUAGAACGACGAGGAGCCAGUUCCACCCCAAUUUGAUACCAAAGCACCAACUGUUGUACUUGAUGUUCAUCCUAUACAGGUGCCUGUAGUCAUUCAAAAGCUUUAUUGAUUAGCUUCCUGGGUUCAGAGGCGAAAUGUAAUUGCUUCGGUUAAGAUUAUUACUGCAAGUUUUUAUGGCCAUUGGGAUUCCAUUA